AAUCACAGUACGCGCUAAGCCGGCGUUCCAUACGUUAACGAUUUAGAAUAAGGUGACCAGCAUCAACGCCAUGCUCCGUUUGUCAACAUUUAGCCUUUUACUGGUGACAGCAAUAGCACAAAAUGGAUAUGAAUACAAUAAGCCUGGGAAACCAUUUGGACAAUUAACGAACCGCCCUGGCUUUAUUGGUUACCCGACAUCAACGGCCGGAUAUCCUAGUACUCCACAAGAAGAGUAUACGGCAACGACUCCUGGAUAUACCCCUGGACAGUCAACAUAUCCAAACUAUCGGCCUCAAGUAGGACAACAAGGAUCUAAUUAUCCAGGUCAAAAUCCAAGCUUACCCACGAGCUAUCCCUUACAACCAGAAACCAACUUUCCCAGCCAACCAGCUCAAAACUACCCAGGACAAGAAUAUCCAAUUCAACAAGGUGGACGCCCGCAAGGGUUCAGACCCAAUAGACCUGCGUUCCCCGGUCCAGUUGAACACAGUUUUGACAAUGGCGCAUAUGAAGGAGGUGAUUAUUCGGCCAUCCCUGGAGAGCCAGGAGUAGACUAUCCAAUUUAUUCAGUUGCACCACCAACUUCGUUCAGAUGCGAAGCUCAGUCUUACCCCGGUUAUUAUGCAGACCUAGAAACACGAUGCCAAGCUUUUCAUGUUUGUGCCAACAAUAUUACAUAUGACUUUCUUUGUCCAAAUGGUACCAUAUUUUCUCAAGAAGUAUUCGUUUGUGUUUGGUGGAAUCAAUUUGAUUGCAAUUCCGCUCCAGCUCUUUACGAAUUGAAUGCCAAUUUAUAUGACUAUUCAAUCAUGGGAUCUUCAGGAGGUAAUAGAUUUCCACAAGGCCCUAGUUUCUAUCCUGGAUCUGGCCUUCAGAACGGAAUAAGUAGACCUGAAGGACCAUCAUCUAAUUUCCCUGGAGCAUCACCUACUUAUCCAUCAUCAGUUGGCUAUCCUGGUACAUCACCAACUAUUGGAUAUACAGGAGGUUCUUAUUCUACAACGCCAAGCUAUCCAGGAAGUACAGUGACGCAAGGUAUAUCUUCUUAUCCAGGGCCGCAAGAAAUUGGUAACUAUCCAGGCGCUCAGUAUCCCACGUUGACAGAUCCGGGUGUGACUCCACAAAACAAUUAUCCAGGAUCUCAAGAUUCUUUAGGUUACUCCACUGUUAGACCAGAAAACCAAGGAUAUCCAUCCGGAAAACCUACGGGUCCCCGAUUUCCUCUUGGUCCAUCGCGACCUCAAAAUCCAAGUAAUACAGGAUAUGGGGUUCCGCAGCCAAAUCGAGAAUAUCUCCCGCCCAUAAAUUAAUGUUAAUAUCGUUUUUUCGAUUGAUAAACUUAUGUACGCCGUCCGGACUCAUUUAAGAUUUUUUUUAAAUCCAGUUUAGAGCACGUUGACAGAUGAAGAUGUUGGUGCUGAUGAAGAUUUUCGUUGUAAGCGUGCGUAGUUAUGGCAUUCAGUAUUUUAGACUUAGCACAUAUUUUUAUAUUGUAUAAACUUAUUCUUAGAUUGUGAUUCAAAAGUUACCAAUGACACCAUCUCAAGGUAUCUACCUAAACCAUAAAAUUAUUUCGUACUAGUUUAGUGUAAUGAAAUAAAAUUAUAUUAUAUCGUGGUACGAAUGUUUAUGUAAAUAAAUAAAACAUUUAAAUAUU